GUGGAGAAGGAGCACGUAGCCAGCUUUAUCAAUCAUUCCCGGUCAAGUGGAUAUCUACACAAACAUUUGUUGAAUUUCUGGAAAGCACCUUCGCAAUGACUGGGUCUCUUUCGUUCCACGCGACAUGCUCUAACCGUGCAUUGCGGGCAUGGAAACUCCAGAGGAGACGUGGCAUCCGCUUCUUGCCGACAAAUGACCUGGCUCAGCAUUUACUCUACGACCCGCGAGCUUCCACAGUUAGAAUAUUCCAUCAGACGGCAUUUAUCAAAGCACAUCUAUCGCAUACGGCUAAGCUUGACCUGGAUACUAGCUUCGGCGACUCGGUCAAAAUAGACACUACUCACGCUGUCUUAUGUCUUGUUUCCCGUGUCAACCGACAAGAGAACAGCGAGGUUCACAAAGUCGCUUGUGAAGAAGAGGAAAUUGGACCCAGACCUUAUGAUGGAUGAUGGCACUUUGCGUGUCAUCCCACCGGAUUUCAGAUUUAUCUUCUGGGGAGAAAGACUGAAAAUACUGAACGAGAUAACCGCGAAACGGCCCCCGCGAAACAAAUUAGUAUCGUGGUUCGAGAGACACACUUCUGAGAGGAAUGCGUUGACCGUGGCGAUCUUUGGUCUUUUACUGGCAGUCUUGUUUGGAUUUCUCGGCCUCCUUGUCGGUGUUGCUCAGCUUGUUAUUUCUAUAUUAGCGUGGAAGUACCCAGCCUCGCCGACAGCAUGAGCGCCUCAACUCGGACUUUCCUGGCUUCUGCUUGGUCACUCGAUGUUGAAAGGGCUGAAAUAAAACGGCGAAUUAGUGCCCAGGUAUCGAGAAUAUCGACGAUGCGGCUGUCGCCAGCAUUAGGAGUGGAACCAAGACCCGUACCUGGUGACACUGUUGGCGGACCUUCCCGAAAUGGGAACCAACAGCUUAAGGACUAUCACCCCGUUGGUCCGCAGCGGCAAUCCCCACUGUUUUUAAGGACUAAAUCUUAUAAUUGCGACGUUCCUGCCUCAUCACGUCUCUUCUUCUGUCUUGCUCGAAUUGUCCGGUUGUGCGAUGUUAACAACAUUUAUCUAGGCUUUUCAGUCGUUCACUGCUUCAGUUUCAGGAAAGACCACCAAUGGCUCCAUCAUUCGCUAGCCUCUGGGCGCAAAUGUUCCCCCGUGCGCCAGCCUUUACGGGGAAUAACGCGCCAGACCUCACAGGCAAGGUCUACAUAGUAACUGGUUCGACGUCCGGGAUGGGGCUGGAGCUAGCCCGGAUCCUGUACUCGAAGAACGCCAGGGUCUACAUAGCAGCCCGAGAGGAGGACACCGCCAUCGCAAGCAUCAAAAAGGCCGAGCCCGCAUCCAGGGGCGAGCUGGUCUUCCUGCACCUGGACCUCGCCGACCUCAACUCGGUCAAGGCGUCGGCAGAGCGGUUCUUGUCGACUGAGACGAGGCUCCACGUGCUCUUCAACAACGCGGGGUACAUGGCCGCGGACGACAAGAAGAUGGAGACGACGGCGCAGGGCUACGAGAUGCAGCUGGGCGUCAUGUGCCUGGGCCCGUUCCUCUUCACCAAGCUGCUGGCGCCGCUGCUCCAGGCCACGGCGGCGGACAGGGGCUCGCUCACGAACGAGGUGCGGGUUGUGUUUGUGUCGUCGCUGGCGGCGGAGUUUUAUUACGAGAAGGAGAAGGGCCUGGGGCUGGAUCUUGAGAACCUGGACUACAGCCGCCCGAAGUCGAGCAUGGAUCGGUAUGGUCUCGCCAAGGUGGGCGUGUGGGCGUACGGGGUUGAGUUGUCGAAGCGGUUCAGCGGCGUCUUGGGCGUGCCUCUGAACCCUGGGAACCUGCGGACGGAUCUAUUCAGCCAGCAGAACUUCCUGUUCAGGCUCCAGGUGCUCUUGAUGCACUACCACCCCAUCAACGGCGCGUAUACCCAGCUGUUUGCGGGUCUGUCGCCAGAGGUCACGACACCUGGGAGUUAUGUGCUCCCCUGGGGUCGCGUGGGGCCGAUCUGUGACGACUUGCAGCGGGCAGUAAGGCCGGAGAGCGAGGGGGGUGUUGACCUUGCACGCAAGUUUUGGGAUUGGAGUGAGAAGCAGGUUGAGAAGUAUGUCUGAGAACAAAGAUUAGGGCCCCUCGAAAUGGGUGGGAAAGCAGUCUGUUUGAGAGUAAGUGAGACUGCACGCGUCGGGGCGCCUCGUCGCACGUGCAGGCAAGCUUCCAGGCAGCUCAUGGCAACAGCCCAACCCCCCCCCCCUGUUGCAAGUCACUAUGCCACCUGCGAUAUAAACAAAAGGAUUUAGCAGAAAGCACCGGCAAGGUGGCCUAGUCGGCUGAGCGUCAGGUUUCCACCUGGUCCGAGGUCGCAAGUUCAACUUAGCCGGU